AUGCAACUCUCUGUCGUUUCCUUGGUCAUUGCCGCACUUGCGCCUCUCGUCUUUGGUCAAAGUUCGGGGAGCUCUCUGUCGGCCACGAAGAGCAACUCUGCCGGCGCCGCCAAUCCCAGUGCCAGCGCCAGCCUCGCAGCAUUGACCCCCUGUGUUAUUGGAUGCCUAACUGCCGCCGCCGUGGACACUCCAUGCUCGACUUUCACAAAUGUUACUUGCGCCUGCACCAAUGCCGAUUUCCAAUUCAAGGCCACGUCCUGUAUGCAAGGCGAAUGCAAGGCCGAAGAGCUUAGUGCCGCAGUUGGAAUACAGCAAGCUCAAUGCUCUGCCUUAUCCUUGAGUGCGACUGCACCUCCCACGGCCACCACGCCGUUCUUGCCGUCCAACUCGGCCGCUGAUAUCUCCGUGUCUGGCGCUGCAUCGGCUCCAGGCUCUGGCGGCUCACCAACGAGCACUUCACCAUCUGCCGGUAUUCCUGCCGCGUCAAGACCUAGUAUCGGUGUUGUAACCGUAUUUGCGGUGGGCCUAGCAGUAGCGCUCGGUGGCGCACAUGUUCUCUAA